AUGAAAAAUCUCUCAAUUUCCACCCUGAUUUUCCUGAUUUUCAUCAAUUUUUGCUCAACUUCAACCUCAAAUGAUGCGCAAGCCAAAAAAUGUGUGGAAUUUUGGCGGAAGGCGAUUCACGAUGAGGUUUUGUCGGUGAUUCAUUCAUCGUUUACACUGCAUGUUGAGCCGAAAGAUGGGGGAAAGACUAGGAUUCAUAAGAGAAGUGGGUUUGGGAAGGAGAUUUGGAUUUUUAGAUGAAAUUUCCGGGGUUGGAUUAGGUUAGUCUUAAGCUUUUUCAGAAAAAAAAAAUUUCAGAAAUUUUUUUUUCAAUUUGAAAAGUUUUAAACGUGGCUUCUUUGCACCAAAAGCCACAGUAAUCCUAAUUUUGUUAAAAUUUCGAAAUUCGAAAAAAAAUUCCACGUAGAAAUUCAGCUCCAAAUUCUACAGUAAUCCUAGAGUUGCUAAAAUUUCGAAAUUCAAAAAAAAAGUUGCCACAUGGAAGCCACAGUACUCCAGGACCUAAUUUUUUCCCAAAUUUUCAAAAUUCCAAAAAAAAAAAUCCACAGGGUCAAUUUCUACAGUAAUCCUAGAGUUGCUAAAAUUUCGAAAUUCAAAAAAAUGCCACGUGGAAGCUACAGUACUACCGGACCUAAUUUUUUCCCAAAUUUUCAAAAUUCAAAAAAUGCCACGUAGAAAUUCAGUUGCCGUGAUUUCAAAAUUCAAAAAAAGUUGCCACGUGGAUUUUUGUGCGUCAAAAAAAUUUCCAUUUUUUUCAGCUGACUUUUUGCACAUGCUCAUCAAUCACAAAGAAACCCUCAAACUUCUCUUCGAUCCAGAUAUUGUCUAUAAUGUUGGCCUAAUUCCCGCCGCCCAUACUAUCAUGAUAAAUAACCCGAAAAUCACAAUGGUCGGAUUGUUGGAACCCGAAAAAUGCUCGUUGAAAAAUGUAGUGCUCCAUGGAUAUGAUGGCGAUUUGGAGCACAAGGAAAAUUGA